CAUACUACUCCCUACAUGGGGGGUAGGGAGUAGUGAAUGAGAGGGGAUUUCGGACACAGCCAAUAUAUUUUCUCAUGUGAUCGUUACUCUGUGCUCUAUUGCUUUACCCUGACUUUUGGAUCGUUUUUUUCCCGAUGUUGAUUACACUCCCCUGAGUUCGGUAGGGCCUUGCAUCUUAUGGGAGUUUAGAGUGCAUUCGGUUACAUUACGUUACCGCAUCCCCUUUUCAGUCUUCUAGGUCUAUAUUACUUUUGUAAAUCAUGGCAGACGACGAAUUAGAGGCAAUUAGGCGGCAAAGAAUGGCGGAACUACAGGCAAAGCACGGGGAUUCUUCAAAUAAUCAGCAAGGAGAGGAGGCAAAACAAAGAGAAACAGACAUGAGGAACUCGAUAUUGGCUCAAGUUCUCGAUCAGUCUGCCCGUGCCAGAUUGAGCAAUCUCGCUUUGGUAAAGCCAGAGAAGGCCAAUGCAGUUGAAAACUAUCUCAUUCAAAUGGCUCGUUUUGGAAAGUUAGGAGGAAAGAUUUCAGAGACGGGCUUGAUCGAGAUUCUAGAAAAGGUCAGUCAGCAAACGGACAAGAAGACAACUGUCAAAUUCAACAGACGGAAGGUGAUGGACUCGGAUGAUGAGGAUGAUUACUAACUUUAAAAGGGAGCCCUGGAAUGAGCCAAGAAAUCAGGAGAGGAUAUACUUUACCAGGACUCUGACAGCAUCUUUGACCAGCUGAAUCCUGGGAUGCCACACUAGCUACUGUGUGUCUCUGGAAUCUGCAUACCAAGAGGGAAGAGCAGCAAAGUGGAGUUGACAUUGUGGCAUAAGUGGUGGGGGGUAGAACACACACACACACACACACACACACACACACACACACACACAGUCAAAUAAAGUGUUCUUUUGCAAUCUCUUCUCAGUCAAGUUGCUGUGAAUUUGCACUGCUUGUGUUAUACCCCUGACAGCUCAUGGCACUGUUUGGCUCCUCUACUUCUUUCAGUAGUUACUCUUUUUUUUUUCUUUAUUUUCACCAUGCUUGAUUUCUGUUCUUCAAUCACAAGAAACUAGAUGAAACGUACUGCUGCAUUUUAUUUAGACUGUUCUUUGAAUACAGUACACUUGUCUUAUUUAGGGACAGUCUUCCAUUUGCUUCGGAUGGUGAAUUUGGAUAUUUUCUUUUUGCUUACAUGUAUCUUAAAGGUUUACAUAAAAAUUCCAAAAAAGCCUUAAAUGUUUUUUUUUUUUUUUUUUUUCCUAGUGAAGCAUUUCUAAAAUGAUCAGUUAUUAUGAAGAAGCGGUUUCCAUUUUUGUUUUUUACACAGAUUGUGUUCCAUUGGGUCAAGGAACACAAUUAUCAUGUUUGAAGGAACAGAAAGACUUAGCAGCAUCAUUACACUGUGUCUCACCACCAUAGGAAACAGUUGACUUACUGUUUCUUUAAGGAUGAUUGACUUUUUGCUGAAUAAACAAUUUCAAAUUUCUUUUUUUUUUUUUUCAGAAACAAAAGUUAACAGAUUCUCAAAUGUAUCCUACUACUUUUAAAAUAAAAAGCAUGAAGGAGGAA